UUUUAUUUUUGUAAGGCACAUUGUCCAUUGGACGCUUUGCUUUCUUGUUUAACAAUAUACCACUUUUUUUCCCAAGUAUAUACCAUGGCACCGCUUGAAGUGAUUGGAGCAGGCUUUGGCCGUACAGGUACCCAGAGCUUGAAAGAAGCAUUAAAUACAUUAGGAUAUAAUACAAUGCAUAUGACAUCGUUUAUAGCCGACCCUACGCUGGAUCCUACUAUUUUUAAGGAUGCCUAUAUGGAUAAAGACAAGCCUGUUGAUUGGGAUCAAGCUUAUAAAGGCUUUACGGCCGCCGUGGACUGGCCAACUUGCCUUUUCUACAAAGAACUGAUGGCCAAGUACCCAAAUGCCAAGUUUAUUCUUACCAUGCGAGACGCUGAUAGCUGGUAUAAAUCGAUCAAAAACACCAUCCACCCACGAGUCCGUGACGUCCUUGCGGGUGGCGACCAUCCUGAACAUCUGGUUCGCAUGGUGGAUAUGGUAGCCACGGUGGAACUGGAUGGGGCGCACAGGGACCCGGCGUUAUUUGCGAACGAGGACGAAAUGAAGCGUCGUUUUAUGAAGCAUAACGAAGAAGUCCAACGAACGAUUCCGGCCGAGCGUUUGUUGAUAUUACAACUGGGGGAAGGGUGGGAUCGCUUGUGUCGAUUUUUGAAUAAGCCAGUUCCCAAGGUGCCUUAUCCAAGUAGCAAUUCAACCGAGAAAUUCAAUGCGUCAACUGAGCGAUUUUUGUCUCAAGCAGCUGCAAGCAGCAGUGCCUAAUUUUAGUGUUCAAUGGACGCCAUCCCUAUACGCUGUACAAUUUUCAUGUGACUGAAAAAUAAAUCAAGCUGAUUCAUGCAUGCAGCUUUUGAGUUAUACAGUGA